CACUGGCAGAACGCGCCCGCGCAUCGCCAGUCGGCAAUCCGCCCGGGCGGGCGCCACACACACGACCGGAGUCUGCGCGCGCGAUCAGCGGUAUCGAAAUAUAUCACAAGUGCACCAAUACGAAUACCAACGACCGAAAGGAUUUGCGAGCGCGAUUCUGUGAAUCAAAUACGAGUAAAGUGAACGAGUCUCGAGUGCAGAGCAAACGACAGACGCCGCACCACGAGAGAGCGAUUAUAGGGUUCAAAUAGAGCCCACGACGAAACGAUUCGAGACGCAACCGUAGAAGCAUUCGCGGUUACUCGAAAUACUGCAAAUCGCUCGGUGACGGGUCAGGCACCUCACGCUGCACUGCUCUUAUCUUAGUCGUAUCAAAACGAAAACUCGAUAAACGCCUCUAUCAGUGGCCACGAUAGGGGUGUACUUGUUUAUAUAUGCAUAUAUAAAACGGAGAAAACUGAUCUCUAACGUGACGUCACAAAUUUGUGAUCAUUAUUAUUGUUAAAGCUUGUAUUCGCAUUUUCGACGUGUAUAGACUGUUUAGUUAGUUUUUUAUACGUAUUUAUUGAUGUUGUAAAUAGAGAAAAUUAUAUAACCAAAAUAAGUGUGACAUUGCGUUAAUAUAAUAUUAAUAAUACUAGUCAUUCAUCUAGUGUAUCUAUUUAUUUAAAUAUUUUGAGUCUUGUCUGUAGAAUAAUAAUAAAAACUUGAAUAAUAAAAGUACCAGAGCUUGCAGUAGCUACCAAAGAGUUUGAAAACACGCGGCAAACCAACAAAAAAUUGGACAACUAAAUAGGCGGGAAAUCGCGACCAUACAUAAUUCACGUACCACAGAGUAAGUAUAUCGGGCUGACAUCAUAACCAUUCGUAACCACAGAAUAUAAAAAGUGGAUUACACCACAGAGUAAAUAAGUCCGGCAGAAAAUUCGUAGCCACAGAUAAAAAGUGGUGGUCAUAAGACAUAUUUUUUUAAAUCAGUCGAACACAUAAACAAAAUGAGCAACGAGAUGCAAACACAGAUAGGCAGUGGGCUGCAGAGGAGCUACAGGAUGCAGGACUUUGCGUCGCCUGGCGUCAUCAUGAGGGAGCGCAGUUUCAUUCGCCCUCAGUCGCACCAUAAUAUGCAUCAUAAUCAGUUUUCGAAUAACGGGAAGCGGCGGAGCAUGAUUCUGACCAACGCCAAGGGCAAACCCACGCUGGAGAUAUACAGACCCCCAGGUGUCCGCACAGACGCACCAGCCACCACCAACAAGCUGAACGUCCACGCCAAGGAGUUCACGAUGGCCAAGCCCGCUGAUCAGCAGAAUCGACCAGCAAUGGGCGUGACCUUCGGAGGAGGGCUGCAGCACUCGCGCUCGGCCGUGCUGUCGGCGCAGGUGCCCCCGCACUACCGGCCCGUGAUGCCCGUGCACGCGCUCCUCAACAGCGCGUCCAGCGGCCACGUGGCGCAGGGUCCACGUGUCCACUUCAAACUGCAGCCGCAGCAAAACUUCCCAGAGAAGAAGAAGUCCCCUCCUUCCUCCCUUACCAACGGGAACGGGAAGAGCAUCCGUCCGCAGUUCGUCCCCGGGCUAAAACGCUCCAAGUCCCUCACGUCGGCUGAUGCUCUAGCGAGUGGAAUGGCGGCGUUAGGACUGGCUGCUGAUGCAGGAGAUCUGGGCAACUUCCCGCAGGAGAUACAGGAGUGCAUCGAUAAGGCGCUCGAAGACCCUAACUCCGUAUGCGCCCGAACCCUAAUGGAUGCCGUAGGGCACCUGGUGUCUCGCGCGGUGGAGUCUCCGCGCUACGCGCUGCCGGCCGCGCGGCGCUGCAUCGCCGUGGUGGAGCGCGAGCAGACCGAGACCUUCCUCGAGUCUCUGCUCAACACCUGCCAGCAGUGGUACCAAGACCGGGAGAAGCUGUUGGGCACAAUCGUAGGCGGAGGUCGGCCGCGGUUGAUGGCGUUCCUGUCGUUCUUGCUGGAGAUGUACUGCCAGCUGCGCCGGAGGGCCAUACAGCGGCGCGGUGCAUCCGCGCAGCCCGGCCACGUGCUGCUCACGCUCAUCUGCAAGUGCUGCGAGGACUGCAUCCGCCAGCCCGUGCCUUCCGCCGGAGACACGGAAAACCUGUUCUUCGUGCUGACGUACAUCGGGCGCGACCUGGAGCAGGCGCUGCCGGCCGACCUGGAGCGCCUGCUGGCGGCCGUGCGCGACGCCUUCCUCGCCGCGCACGCCGCGCCCUCCGCGCGCCGCACCCUCCUCCAGCUCAUCGAGCUCCACGCCAGCCGCUGGCAGCUGCCCGGCUGCGCCGUGCUCUACUACUACCCCUCCUCCAAGUAGUAGGGGACACCGGUGCGAGCAGGCGCGACAUCUGCGCAGAUGACUGAUGCGCAGUCGGAAAGUUUGCGAAAUUUCCAUAUGGAAAAUUUUUGGAAACAUAUUUUUGAUGGGAAUCGAAAUUUUACAUUUCCUAUAUUAGUUUCCUGUGAAAUUUUCCUGAAAUUUUGAGGACUUCCUGGAAACUUUCCGCAACUUUCACAUCUACAGGAAAUGAACCAUAAUGAUGGCGUCCAUAUGCUACGGUAAUUGCUUACCAUCAGGCGGGCCGUAUGCUUGAUUGCCACCGACGUGGUAUAAAAAAAAAUGAAGCUCCGCGCCUAGGUCGAGCCUUGUAAUCCGUGUGAUUGACGAUGGAGAUUCUUGUUGACGACGAACGACAUGAAACGGUGUAGGGCGCCCUGAGCUUUGGACAAAAUGCCACUUUAGCGGGACUUUAGAACAGAUUCAGAUACACUGGGUCUGAUGCCUCUUGUUAAUUAUAUAAUACAGGCAUGACUCUGCUGCAGGCUCAAAUGAAGUGCCUUUUAAAUUCAUUAAGCAUUUUCAGCACUUUCAAGAUAUUAAACACAAGUUUCUAAUGGAAACAUGUAUGAAUUUUUUUUUUAAAGUGCGAAAGUGGACUGUAUAAUAUAUUAAAUUAGCUCUAGAUGGAUUAUUAUGUAAAGGAGAGGAAGAUAUAUGCCUUAAAAGUAUUAAAAAGUACUUGUAACAUAGGUAGUUGACAAAACGGUGUACACUACUGUACGGUCCCCGCAUAGUAUUUGGUGCAUUGCAACCUUUGUCGUUUGUUUAUUUUCUAACUCUAGGUACCUAUUGCCAUCUCUGUAGUACGCCUCUCGCUUUUUGUAUUCUUGUGCCGUAUAUAGCUUUGUUAGUUAUUCAAUACCUAAUAGCUGUCUUGAAAAUUUUACUAGGCACCAGUUAAACAAUGAAUUUAAACUAGUAAUCUUUUCAAAACAAGCUAGGAUUAUUUAUUAUUGUGGAUUUAUUUUAUUCCCAAAAUGAUGUGGUUCAGCCAGCUUAUAUAAUAAGCGAUCUUAUUUUGUUUACCAUUUUUGUUUGACCGAGAUUAGCACGAGAAUUUCAAUGUUAAUAAUAUGCUUGUGAUAUUAUUUAAAUUUAAGUUACUGUAGGGUCUGUUUAUUUCUGUCCUAACCAAAGACUGUAAUGGCGUUGAUGUCUUAUUAACAAGGAUUAAUCAAAAUAGUUGUUGAAACUGGACCAAAAUUUGUUUUAUGUAUUUUACCACACUCUUGAUUUGUUUAGAGUUAAGUGAUACCAUAGUACUUUUAAGUUCACAUUUACAUUCAGUUAACAAGCACAAUUUAAAUGCAUUUAUUUGAUUGUAACAUUGAUAUCAUGUCAAUACAAAGUAAAUUCAAUUGAUCAGAUCCCGAUCGGCGAAAGAUGGGUCCUGUGACACUGCAAAUGACAUUUCAUUUCUUGUAGUGAUGCUAAAGUAUCAAUAGUUUUACUUUUUUUAACAGCCAAGUCAGUUACUUCACGUAGUAACUUAUGAUCCAUCUUUCACCAAUCGAGGUAUAAUUUGGGUCACAAAAAUGGAGAAUUCAUUUUUUGAAUACUGACACCAUUCGAGAGUGGAAGAAGAAAGUGAUUCAGAUACUGACAUUAUCGAAAAAGUGUUCACGAAGACUUGAUGCCAAAAACUCCCAUGCGAAAUAAUCACACGGUUGUACCUGAGUCAGAGGAAUCUCUUGUAGGUAGAAAUCAAUUAUUUAUACAGCAAAUAUGGUGUGUAUUAGUUGAACUGUUAAUACCUCCUUUAUUGUGCUAACAUCUAUGUUUGAUAAGUGGCUGGUUAAUUAAAAAAUGUUUUUUUUUUUUGUGGUUGACAAAUGAAUUUGUGAUACUUGAUUUGUUAUCAAUGUUACUCUAUUAUUGUGGCGUUUCCACAAUAAAAAUUGGCCAGCAUAAUUAUGUAGAAAUGUAUUUGAUUGUUUAAUAUGUGUAAAAUAAUUAUAAACUUUGUGAAGCAGUGUCAACUUUUAAGUAUUACUGUAACACUUUUUAUUAUAAUGUGUGGGACUUGUAUAAGUCUUUUGUGAAUGUUGUAAAUUAUUAAUUGAUUCACAAUGUAAAUUAUAUGUUAGAUUAACAUAUAAAACACAAAAGACCAUAACUGUUCAUUACAUAUUACUAUGCAUUCUUAGCAGGUUAAGGUAUGAUUUAUA